AUGUUUCCCAACCUUCAAACCCUCUCACUAGCCCUGCUGGCGCUGACCUCAGGCGUCAUCUCCAAACCUGUCACCCUCUCGUCCCGUCAAGCUGAACCCUAUGAAGCAUACGCCUUCUCAUACUUUACCGGCAACUCACUUGAAGGCGAGAAGAUUUACUUUGCAGCUAGCAAGGGCAACAAUGCGCUAGACUGGCAAGAGCUCAAUGGUGGAAAGCCUGUUUUGAGCUCAACUAAGGGAACCAAGGGAUUGAGGGACCCCUUCGUCAUUCGUUCCGUCGAGGGUGACAAGUUCUUCCUCAUUGCCACUGAUCUUUCUAUCGGAAGUGGUACCUCUUGGGGCGAUGCCGUCCGCAAAGGAAGUCUUUACCUCGAGAUCUGGGAGUCAAGCGAUCUUAUCAAUUGGUCCGAGCAACGCCAUGUCAAGGUCUCACCUGACAAUGCCGGCAACACCUGGGCUCCAGAAGCCUUCUGGGAUGACGAGAAGAACUCCUACGUGGUAUUCUGGGCGUCUUCGCUCUAUGAUACAGCAGACCACUCUGAUGAUUCUUACCAUCGCAUGAUGUACUCCCUCACCAAGGACUUCAAGACUUUCUCAGCGCCUGAGAUCUGGCAGGACAGCAAGACCUCCCGCAUCGACACCACCGUCAUCAAGUCUGGCAAUGACUUCUACCGUUUCACCAAAGACGAAGGUUCCGUCAGUGGCUGCACAGACAUCAUCCAAGAAAAGUCUUCUUCUCUUCUUGCCCCCGUUGAUGACUGGAGCGUGCAAGCAACCUGCAUUGGUGCCGAUGCUGGACUACAAGCUGUUGAAGGACCUACAGCCUUCAAGGCCAACCCUUCUGAUGUCAAUGGCGACAAGUUUUAUCUGUUUGUGGAUGAGUAUGGUGGCAAGGGUUAUGUCCCAUUGGAGACCACGGACUUGGAUAAGCCUGAUUGGAAGGUCUCGAGCAACUAUAAGCUGCCUACUAGCCCGAGACAUGGAACUGUUAUUCCUAUUACUAAGAAGGAGCAUGAGAAGCUAAUGGCCGCUUACGGAGCUUAG